AUGCACCAGCGUACAGCUAACCUUUGGGUACUUGCUGGAGUUCACGGUGGAGCUCGGAGACACAGUUUGUGUGAGGCUGAAGUGGAUCAACUGAUUGAGUGGACCAACGAAGAUUGCACACUUUGUUUAGAAACGCUACGAUUGAAAUUGAAGGACGAAUACGACAGAGAGCUCGAACCACCAACGUUUAGUUAUCGAUCGCGAUCUCGUGACCUGUCCGUGUGCCGUCGUUCCAGAAUUGUGACCGUGGGUCAUCACGUUCGAUGGCAGGCUGGUGUUGAUGUAGGUGAGGCUGUAGUUGUUUGCCUGGCUUAA